CCUAAUUUCAGCGGGAGAAGGAAUUGAUCAAACUCUCGAGGAGGGCUUUAGCGAGAUGUCGUACGACGAUGUGGAGAUAGAGGAUAUGGAGUGGAACGAAGAGAUCCAGGCCUACACGUACCCUUGCCCAUGUGGCGAUUUGUUCCAGAUCACGAAGGAGGAUCUGCGUCUCGGCGAAGAGAUCGCCAACUGCCCAAGCUGCUCUCUCUAUAUCACCGUCAUCUACAACAUGGAGGAUUUUCAGAACGACACCAAGAAGAAUAAUCAACCUAAAAGUAGCCAAGCCGUCGCCGUCGCCGUCGCUUAGAUUGUGAUGGAAUCUAUUAGAAGAUUGUUCAAGAGCAUCACAACCUGUGGUGCAAUAGUUUCGGAGAUCAUGUGAGUGUGUCACCAUUCUUAGAUUCAGGGUUGUAUACUAGCCACCAUGUUCUGCUCAUGUAUGAUUAUUGAACCCAUUUCUUGGUGUUGUCUUACACAUUUGGAUCCGAUAUAUUUAUUUAGAAUUGAUUGGUUUGAAAGAGGAUUGCACGGCUACAUUGCCUUUUUCUUUUCUUGGGUCGUUUGGAGUUUGAGAUUUUCG